AUGCGCACUUUCCUGCCGCUUCUCUCUGCGACUAUGGCAUCCGCCUCCGCCUUGGCUGAACGCGGACACGACGGAUUUAUCUGCAGUGUCGGCAGCGUGAAACCCCUUUCCUUUUCUUAUAGAGGUCUAUAUGAUAAUGCUACUCUUUUAUUGACUUAUUUCAAUGCUAAGAUCUCCGACGGCUUUAUUAUUGAGGGCGUUCUCAAGCAUAACUGCGACUGCCCCGACGGUGAUUUUCAUGUCGGAUACGUUAGUGCUCCCCUGGGCAACAUUCAGUAG